CAAAGUGCUUCCCAACAUCUUCGUUCACUUCUUCUGAAGCGAUCUCCUAGUGGAGGAGCUGGGCUGUCUAGUAAAGCCUUAGAUGUGGAGUUUGGUAGUCAAAACCUGAGUACCGAAUUUGUUGGGGAGAAGUCAGAGCCCAGCAACAAUAAAGCUAGUGAAGUACAUACGUUAGAAUCGUUGUUUGGUAAAGCGUUUAUGAACGAGUUGCAAUCAUCCGAAGAAUCGUCCUCAGCCAGGAUACUGCCAGAUGAAGCCUCUACAAGGCAGGGGAGUGAGCAAGCAAAGACCUCGUUCUCGAUGCAAAAUGGGAACUUAAAUCACAAACUAAGGUCGAAUGGCAUUGAUGUUCCUCGUUAUUGGAUUGCAAAUUCUGGGCCCGAAUGGAGCAGUCUGUGGCCGAAUAGUGUGGAGGUGGAAGCGGGUGGUUACGAGAACGGAGGUCACUCUGUAAAAGAAUCAUACUUGAACCAGGUUAUGUCUGGAGACUCUGAAGCACGGGCGUCCAGCACACCUCUUAUUCCAGGAUUAUUGGGAAAAACUGAGGCCAUCAAAACCCACAAUAAUUUGUUUAUAGAUGGUUCUAAUGGAGCAACGCCCAAUCUAGAAAGGGCUUCUUUCAAACAGAUUCAUGAUAACGGAGUGGUCAAAAGCAAGGAAGUCCACCCAGGAUCACUAGUCCAACACUUUGGUGCAUCUUUUACGCAGCGGAACCAUCAGCGGACACCACUUAAUGCUGUCAAUACCAGCUUUCUGCACUCUGCACUCCGGCCGCUAGCACAGGUUCCAAUGUUCAACAGCAACGGAUUGGAUAUGGGGUUCGAUGGGUUUUCAGCACUGCAACAUAUUCAAACCCCCCCCCCCCCCUCGGUUUUAGUGGUCUCUUUUCACACCCACAAGCUCCUGUAAUGGCCCAACAACAGGUUUUUCAGCGUCCCCAAUCAUAUUAUGGAAUGGUAUUGCCAGAGCACGACGCAAUGAAACCUCAGCCUCCUGAGUGGACUGGCUCUGUACAUGUAUCGUCUGGUCAUCACAUGUAUGGGCAACAUCAACAAAGUCAAAAACCUCCAAAAUAUUUUAUGUCGGAAGUUCAGAGCACAAACAACAAUAGUACUGCGGGUGGCGAGCAUAAUGGUAUUGGGAUUAUCGAAAGAUGGUUUGAAAAUGGUGGUCAUUUCGGACCUAGUAACAUAUUGCCUCAGGCGCCAGGAGGAUUGCAAGGUGACUUGAAACGGAUGUAUUGAUAGCAACUACUACUUGUUACUUGGCACUCAAUGACAUCUCUGGUACUUUGAGGUCCCAUAAUUAUCGUCUGUAAGACGUAAUAUUCUGUUUUUGAUUUUUUUCCAAAUACUUUUGGGGGUUCUUAAGUCGGGACUACGCCACCUAUCUUUUUGUUGACGCUCUUUCUACAUUCCAUGGUUUGGAUAUUAGUUCAUAAUUUUUGCAAGAAUAUCUUAAUGCGCACUGCAAAGGUCCCUGUCAAGACAGGUUCAUCUCAGAUUUCUUCCCGGAAGCUGCGCCCGAAUGAACGGAACCAUUUCUGAUCAUGCACAGUACCCGUUCAUUUCACAUUCUCAUCACGUAGGAGAGAUAAUUUGCUGCCUGUUCUAGUCAUAUCACUGAUUUCCCAUAUUUAGCACGUGCAUUAACACAUAUAAUUCCCUUGCUGUGAUGGUGUUCAGUUUGGGGGUGCUGAGCAUGUCCGAGCACUGUUUCGCUCAUUUGAGCACAACCACCAGGGGGGUAUUCGAGAAGAAUUGCCCGCCUCCCUCAAUAUCAGUCACCGCCCCUGAUCACAAUGAAAAUAAUUAACAAUGGUUUCGGUCCAAUUUACUUGAGUUUUAAAUUGGAAUAUGCGAUUUGGGCACAGUUGGUCUGAUAAAAGAAGGUACGCUCUGUCCGGGCACUAUUCUAGCGGCAUAUGAGCGGGAUGUAGUUACUGGAUCAGUCCUCUUAUUUAAUGCAUAUCCCAGUCUCCCCUGCAUCGACGGAAAUAUUUCAGGCUGGACUGUGCGUGCGUGAAGGAGGACUCGUAAGGUAUUUAGACAAUAAUAGCGCCUUGAGUGUCCAGAACUGUUGCUUUUCAGUAGCGACUGCACUGCUUUCCUGAAAUAGCAACUAACCCCACACAGACCAAGGACAUUGAGAUCUACACCGAACACAUGCAAUAUGCAUAAUGUGAUCAGUACAUGUAGCAAUCAAACACCCUAAGUCUAAACGAGACCCACCGACCGGGGUUAUCUACACAGGUACACUGAUAGCAGGCACCGCGGACCCGUGCUUGUUCCUGGUGGCCGGCAUUGUGGCAGGAAACUCUGACAUCGUGUACCUCAUCUUUUUCGUCUGCACCUGAAAGGUCGAUUCUUUUCCCUGAUGGAGCACCACGAUAUCCCCUAAUCACUUCAAAAGUUCAUGUCCAGUGGUUUUUGUACAGAGGCAACGCCGAGCUAGGCCAGAUGUUUUUAUCGAUUUUAGCAUUAUUCUCAUGGACAAAGCGUCAGUUUCCAAUUUAUGUAUAAGGAUCUGCAAUAAUUCGACGUUGUCGCUUUUUCUCAA